AUUUGUAUACAUCGUUGUUGAAAACUGAAAUCAAACUAGGCUAUAAAUAAAACAAAAUUGGCAAAUGUUCGUGAACUUCACUUCAACCCGGCGAGAAAUAUAACUAUUCAGUAUUAUAAAUGCCACUGGUAUCGCCGUUAUUUCUGCGACGACUAAAUUAAAUAUAAAGUAUUAAAACGUGUUAUCAACGUCGACAGCAGUUUAUUCAUCGGAUCGCCAUGUCGAGUUUCCUGGAUGAAGUUACCAUUGUUGUGCUGCAGCAGGAUUUCCACAAACGUCAUCAGAUUGGUCAAGAACUUUUGGAAUAUCUGCAAAAUCCUGCCAAUUCGCUGGAAUGUGAAAACGUCGGCCAGCUAAUUGAUGGACUUGCGCAUUGGGUUAGUGCUAGUAAUUAUAAGGUAUCCUUGCUUGGUUUAGAAUGUCUCGGUGCUUUAGCAGAACGCAUGAAAGAUGGUUUUAAAGUCCAUAUCUCUGCAGUACUACCAGCCGUGCAAGACCGCUUAGGGGAUAGCAAAGAUGCCGUUCGUGACCAAGCACAGGCACUUAUACAGAAAUUGAUGCAUCCAGUGUCAACACCACAGUAUGUUUUUGAACGUGUCAUGCGAGCAUUUGGUCAUAAGAAUUAUAGGGUACGAGAGGAGGUUUUAUUAUGUCUAAUGCAAACUAUUAACACCUUUGGUGCUACAUCUUUGUCCUUGAAUAAAAUAGUUCCGUCAAUUUGUAAACUUCUUGGUGAUCCAAAUAGCCAGGUUCGAGACACAGCAAUUAAUACGCUAGUGGAAAUCUACAGACAUGUCGGUGAAAAAGUGAGAAUUGAUUUAGGAAAAAAAGGGAUUCCUUCCUCAAGGUUGUCCAUAAUCUAUGCGAAAUUUGACGACGUGAAGAAAUCUGGGAGAAUGAUAGCUCAAGACACCGGAGUCAAAUCUCCAGGUCAAGAUGAAGUUGACUCUGCAAGGGUGUCCACUGCUACUCGUUCAAAGCCACGGCCUAGUACAGGAACAAUCAAGAAAACCACUUCUAGUCGAGUUGGCAAUGCUCCAC